GCCGCACAAUUGCGCUGCUCAUCUUCAGCUCACCUCUUCCCCCAAGACCCUGUGAGACUGGUUCUUUGUCGGGCCCUGUUUCGCUGUCCUUCCUUUCGAGUCUCUGCCUUGCCUUGCCCACCGUCGACGAGCAAGCUCUGAGUUCGCAUCAGAUCGCAUCGCAUCGCAUCGCAUUCGCACCAAAUAGCUCUUUCAACAACUUCCGAUCCGCCCGAUCCGCGCAAUAGGAGGCACACGAGAGGCUUCAAGGCUAGGAAAGCAAAGGAGAAGCAACGGGAACUCGAAAGACGCAGCUGCAGCACUUCCGGAUACAAUGUCGCAUCGCGGUCCUUCUGGCUACGGCAUUGGCGGCCCCAGCCCCUACGCUGGAGGCAGUGCCGGUGUUGGUGUUUCUGACGAGUCCAACGGCGGCAGCAUCCUGGACCAGAUCCGGCCGUACACCAGCAAGGUCGAGGACUUGCUCGACUCGUUCAGCGAGCCCGUCAAGCCCUAUCUCCCAGCCAUUGGCCGAUUCCUGAUCGUUGUCACGUUCCUUGAGGAUGCGCUCCGUAUCAUCACCCAAUGGAGCGACCAGCUGCUCUACCUCCACGAUUACCGCCACAUUCCCACCGGUAUCAACCACCUCUUCCUCCUCUUCAACGUCGUCGCCAUGGUGUCCUGCUCGUUCCUCGUCAUUGUCCGCAAGUACUCCGACUACGCUGUUGCCGGUCUCAUGUCCGUCGUGGUCAUCCAGGCUUUCGGCUAUGGCUUGAUCUUCGAUCUCAACUUCUUCCUGCGAAACCUGUCCGUCAUUGGUGGUCUGCUCAUGGUCCUGUCCGACUCGUGGGUCCGCAAGACCAAGGCCUUUGCCGGUCUCCCCACGCUGGAUGAAAAGGACAAGAAGAUGUACUUUCAGCUUGCCGGACGUGUGCUUUUGAUCUUCCUCUUCAUUGGCUUCGUCUUCAGCGGCGAGUGGUCUUUCUGGCGCGUCAUCGUCUGCUUCCUUGGUGCCGGCGCCUGCGUCAUGGUGGUUGUGGGCUUCAAGGCCAAGUAUAGCGCCACCCUGCUCGUCGUCAUCCUGAGCGUCUUCAACCUCUUGGUGAACAACUUCUGGACUCUUCAUGAGCACCACCCGCACAAGGACUUUGCCAAGUACGACUUCUUCCAGAUCCUGUCCAUUGUCGGCGGUCUGCUGCUCCUGGUCAACAGCGGCCCCGGCCAGUUCAGCAUCGACGAGAAGAAGAAGGUUUACUAAACCCCCGAAAAACGAAUACAAUUACGAACGCACUUCCAUGUUUGGAUUCGAUGACAUGUGGGCACCGUUGCCCCAAGAUCUGAAGCUGCGCCACAAACUCUCAUACGAGUUGUCCACCCCUUCAUCUUUCUUCCUCAAGUCGUCAUGGAUGACUGGAAGUGAAUAAGCUGAGAGGAGUCGACAUGGCAAAGUAUGGCCUCGCUAGGUGUUGCAAUUCUGCAAAUACUGCAUAAAGAGGGAAAACAAAAACUUACUGAAUCUAUUUACUACGGGAGUCACGGAGGGAUGAAAGGACU